AUGCAGCGCAAUCGCGAUAAUUUUACGUCCCCUUUGAAGCGCUCAAGCACUACACCGAAUUUUCGAUCGAAAGCCAAUCAGAUCUUGGACGAGGAUGAUGCGGACGAGGAGGAUGAGGAAACACUGCAGCUUCAGCUUGCCGAGAUCAAAGCCCGCCUGAGAUUGAAGAAGCUCCAGCAGAAGAACCGCGGCAGAUCUAGUUCCAAUCUUGAAGAAGAAGACGCUCGCCCAAACUCUGCUAUUAGUGCUUCGCGAGCUGAGUCUCAUGCCCUAACACCGAGAACCGCCAAGCCGACCCUUGGAAGGAAGACGAGCGAGGAUAUUCAAGUCCCAGCAUCACCUACGCGAAGGGAGCUACCUUCUGUAGACCCCAUCUCACCACGGAGGUACCAGAUGGGCAUUGACAAGGGAUGGAAAGCCAACGAUGUCUCGUUGAAACGACCUCCGAGUUCAAGAACCGAUCCCCGCCCAAGCAGUCAAAUUGGGUUCCGAGAUGGCGCUAUUGCGCGCCCCAACGAUGUGUUUUCGUCCCGACCACAGACGUCUCCUGGGUCCCGGGGGAUCAGUCGAAUCAAAAGUUUCAGUGAGAGGAUGGCAGAGGGCAGAGCAGCGGAAAAAUCUCGGAUGGAGAGAGCCGAACGAAUCCAAGCAAACCGCAGCUCGGCCUUCCAAAUCGAUAAAACGGAAAUUGAGGCAUACAAAGCUGCUGCUGAUACAAAGCCAUCUUCUCCGGUACGGGAGAGGCCCGCGGAAUCCUUUAGUCGCGAGGAUAUUCUUCGAGCUAUGGGUCAACCUCGCCCGUCUGGGCUUCAGCGCAGUCAGACAACUCCAAGCCUCCGCCGCACUGACAGCAAUGCUGGUAUCAAUGAUCGACAGUCGCAUCUACAUAGACGAAAUAACACGACGGAAGAAGUAACAGGGCCAUCGCAAGAUGGCGACUCGAUGAAGCCCCCUGACUCCUCAAAGUUCGAGUCCUACUCAUCAUUACACCUAUCAAAUCGGGUCCUCCCCCAUUCAUUCUUGAGCCGUACACUCGCAGAUAAAAAGGUUCUCCGUAUCCCGGACUUACUGAAAACAGUGAAAGCGCCUGCAUUUGAGCUACCCGAAGACAUUGAUGGAGACUUUGUGGUGUUCGGAAUUGUUGCAUCUAAGUCUGACCCCAGAGAUGUGAAGCCUUCUGGAAACACAACUGCUAAAACAGAUGAUCCCUAUGAUGACGGUCUGAACAACACAAACAAGUAUAUGGUCAUCACUUUGACGGACCUAAAAUGGACCAUUGAUCUGUUUCUUUUCGGGACUGCUUUCCCGCGUUACUACAAAGUUUCAGAAGGUACCCUCAUUGCGAUCUUGAACCCUACAAUCAUGCCCCCUCCCAAACACAAGCUGGACACGAACAGGUUCAGCCUGUCUUUGUCAUCAUCCGAUGACACAGUUCUCGAGAUUGGCUACGCACGCGAUAUCGGAUUCUGCAAAACCGUGAGAAAGGAUGGAAAGACCUGCCAAUCCUGGGUAGAUGGUCGAAAGACCGAAUUCUGCGAUUUCCAUGUUGAUAUCCAACUACGCAAGACUCAAGGCCAACGAUCAGGAGUCAACGCCGACACCGGCAUGUUCGGAUCAGGUGGUAAAUCAGGGGCGCGAACUGGCCUUUUCAAUGAAGGAGCUAAGCGAGGAGCUGGCCGAGGCACCGAUGGCUACGGACGAGGUCAGGCCCUGAAACGCGAUGGCCCAUCGUAUGACAUGGGAUCCCAAUCCCUGUACUACGUGGCCCCAGCCCCAAAGAACCGUGGCGCCGGUCGAGCCUCCUAUAAUCCCGUCGCAGGCUCAGCCGCACACCUCAUCGAUGCACACGACGACCCUUUCCUAGCCUCUGGCAUGAUGGGUCCCCGGUCAGAAAACAAAGAAGAAAGAAUGCGCCGUCGUCUCGCAGCCCAACAACGCGAACGAGACAUAACCCAGAAACUCGUCUCAGGCCGAGUCGGAGGUGUAGGCGCCGAAUAUCUUCGCACAAGAGCCGGAAAUGAAACCCCAAACAAAGAUAAGACUCCCGGUACACCUGCCAUACCGAAGAGUCCCUCGGCUACGGGAGGGAUGGAUCUGACAACCUUCGGCAAAGCCAGAAACGUCCGUUUGAGUCCUAUGAAGCGUGCCCAUGGCACACCGCAUGGCAGUGGGGUCAAAAAGACGCGAUUCAUCACUUCGAAGGGGAUUAGAGAAGCUGGCCGGGAGAGUCUUGGUGCACCGGCUGAAGUUACGGCUGGCGGGAGGCAGGCGAUCUUGGACGAUGAUGAUGACGAUGAUGAUUUAGAGUUUGUUUGA